GAGAGCGAUGGCGGGUUUGACUGUGAGAGAUCCUGCGGUGGAUCGUUCUCUACGUUCUGUAUUCGUGGGUAACAUUCCUUAUGAAGCUACUGAAGAGCAAUUGAAGGACAUCUUUUCUGAGGUUGGACCUGUUGUUAGUUUCAGAUUGGUAUAUGAUAGAGAGACAGGAAAACCAAAGGGUUAUGGCUUCUGUGAAUACCAAGACCAAGAGACGGCACUUAGUGCCAUGCGGAACCUGAAUGGGCGUGAAUUCAGUGGGAGAGCACUUCGAGUGGACAAUGCUGCCAGUGAAAAGAACAAAGAAGAGCUGAAGAGCCUUGGCACUGGUGCCCCUGUCAUUGAAUCACCUUAUGGAGAGACCAUUAGUCCUGAGGAUGCCCCUGAGUCUAUCAGCAAAGCAGUUGCCAGUCUUCCACCAGAGCAGAUGUUUGAGCUGAUGAAACAAAUGAAGCUCUGUGUUCAGAAUAGUCCCCAGGAAGCACGGAACAUGUUGCUUCAGAACCCACAGCUGGCUUAUGCUUUGCUGCAAGCACAGGUAGUGAUGAGAAUUGUGGACCCAGAGAUUGCCUUGAAAAUUCUACAUCGCCAGACAAAUAUCCCAACGCUGAUUACAGGCAACCCUCAGCCAGUCCAUGGUGCUGGUCCUGGCUCAGGAUCCAAUGUGUCAAUGAACCAGCAGAAUCCUCAGGCCCCUCAGGCCCAGACUUUGGGUGGAAUGCAUGUCAAUGGUGCACCUCCUCUGAUGCAAGCUUCUAUGCAAGGUGGAGUUCCAGCACCAGGACAGAUGCCAACUGCUGUAACAGGACCUGGCCCUGGUUCCUUAGCUCCUGGAGGAAUGCAGGCCCAGGUUGGAAUGCCAGGAAGUGGACCUGUGUCCAUAGAACGGGGACAAGGAACCCUACAGCACUCGCCCGUGGGACCCGCCGGGCCUGCAUCAAUUGAGCGAGUUCAAGUGCCGAUGCAAGACCCCAGGGCAGCUAUGCAGCGGGGAUCCUUGCCUGCCAAUGUCCCAACUCCUCGAGGUUUGUUAGGAGAUGCUCCAAAUGACCCACGGGGUGGCACUUUACUCUCUGUAACUGGAGAAGUAGAGCCUCGAGGUUACCUGGGACCUCCUCAUCAGGGUCCUCCCAUGCACCAUGUUCCUGGCCAUGAAGGUCGUGGACCACCCCCACAUGAGAUGAGAGGAGGGCCAUUAGCUGAGCCCAGACCUCUAAUGGCAGAGCCAAGAGGACCCAUGCUAGAUCAGAGGGGUCCACCCUUGGAUGGCAGAGGUGGAAGAGACCCCCGAGGAAUAGAUGCACGAGGGAUGGAGGCCCGAGCAUUGGAAGCAAGAGGAUUAGAUGCUAGAGGAUUGGAGGCCCGUGCCAUGGAAGCUCGUGCCAUGGAGGCCCGUGCCAUGGAGGCCCGCGCCAUGGAGGCCCGUGCCAUGGAAGUCCGGGGAAUGGAGGCCAGGGGCAUGGAUACUAGGGGCCCAGUGCCUGGCCCUAGAGGACCUAUGCCUAGUGGAAUCCAGGGUCCUAAUCCAAUGAACAUGGGAGGGGUUGGCCCCCAGGGAUCCAGACAGGUCCCAGUCAUGCAAGGAGCAAGCAUGCAAGGUGGAACCCAGCCUGGUGGCUUUAGUCCUGGGCAGAACCAGGUCACACCACAGGAUCAUGAGAAGGCUGCUUUAAUUAUGCAAGUUCUUCAACUUACUGCAGACCAGAUUGCCAUGCUUCCUCCUGAGCAAAGGCAGAGUAUUCUGAUCUUAAAGGAACAAAUACAGAAAUCCACUGGAGCACCUUAAAAGGUUUUUAAAAAUACCUGGCAACAAAUGUGGAAAUUAAUUCCAUGAUUUUGUUGAAAUGUUGAAAAAAGGUGACUUCUGCAUCCUAACCCUUGAAUGACUCAAUUUGGUGCCAGGUGGAGGACUCCCAUCACCUUCUCUCAGAACAAAAUCAGUUCAUUUUGUCUUAGUUUGUAUAUUUUCUGUGACUUGAAAUAAACUUUGAACACAAUUUUAGUACACUGCAAGUUGAUAUACAUGACCUUUUUGCUUUUAAAAAGCUGAUCACCAAGGGUGAAACCUUAGAUAUGUUUUCUACCCUUACUGCAGCAUUGUACUUUAUGUUAUAUUGUCAUAACUGUUUUUUACUUUAGAUUAAUAACCAUUUAUUCUUCUUUAUGAUAUUUGAGGAUUUCUCAGAAGCAUUGUUUUCUGGAACUUAGUUUUUGUUUCAUUUGCUUCCAGCAAGAAUAAGGCUUUGCCCUUUGAAAACUUUCUAGAACUUCUGAAAUUCCUCGGAGAGAAUAGCAUGUGCAUGGAGCUAUAAAAUGAUCAGGAGGCCAACAAAGCAAAGGUCCUACAACAACUGUAUAUUUAGUUUAGAAGAAUGCAAAUAUAAAAAUGCAAUUUUUUUGUCAGUAGCAGUUCUGAACAUGCAUAGUUUGGAGUUACGACAAAGAUUGUGUUGACACUAGCUGGAGUGUGUGUGUCAGCAACACAAGGGAUUGUUGACAUUUACUUGUGUGUUCUAAAACUCUUCAGUCUAGGUAGUCAACUUUAAAAGUUUAAAAAGUCAAUAGAUUUUCACAUGUUCAGGAUAAAUUAAAAACUGAACAGAAAACAAAUGAACAAAAUACAUUUCAUCCUAUUUUCCAGGAAAUCACUGACCUUCAGUCCUACCCUAUAACCAAAUUAUUCUGGGAACUUAAAACAUAGAAACCCCUAAAACUUUUACAUUCUUCUCAAUGAUUUUAAGAGGACCAAAUGUAUAACACAAGCAGUCAGAUUGCCCUUUAGGUCUGCCCUUGCUUGCUUCCUUGCAGAUAAGUAUGAACAUAAUUAGUGCCACUAGCUCUAACUUAUGGGUCUCUCCUUGCCUGGUAUUCUCUCUCUUAUAAUGGCAAUGAGGAGGGGACAUGGUUUCUCUCCAUCAGGCCAACCUUGAGAGGUUAAGUGUUGCCUUAAUAAUUAGUAAAGUUCUACUGGAACUACUUUUGACCCUAUUUAUAUUCUCAGAAUCCUAUCCUCUGGGUUAGGAUUAUGGUCAGGUGAAUUAAAAGUCUGGCAUAGGCUUAAAGAAUGUAAUAGCAUAUUGCUUACAGGUCAAGCAAAAGAGUGCAAAGAUAAUCAACUUCAUGAGAGACAUUAAAAUUGAGGGAUUUUCUACUCUGAUAUAUAAACACAAUGAAAAUUUGCUGGAUAUUUCAUAUUUCAACCUCACAAUACAGCCGAGGAGAUUUCUGGGUAUCCUGCUCAUCCCAAAUUCAGCUUGAAUGUUAGUUGUGCAUAGAGUUUAUUGUUUUCAUUAACUUUUCUGCCUAUUUCCGUGAAUAUUUAGUCCUUGAUGUGUUGGUUUUGGCAGCUGUCAUCUCUUGAAGUGUCAUUAUAUUUAGACAUUGAGACCAAAAGUGAAACAUUUCUUGUUAAGAACUCAGGUUUCAAAGAACUCAGAUUUCAAAUCAAGGUCAUUGAAGAUGAAAUUAUUUAGUAAGCAGUUAUCAGGAAGCAUAUCUUCACGUUCCAUUAUUCAUGUUCCCAAAUCCUUAUUAAUCUUAGUCAGCUGAAAUUCAGAUGAACAAAUUGGCAACAGUAGUGGCAUUUCAAUUUAGCCCUACAGAAACAUUCAUUGGUAUAUUUUACUGAUGAAUAACAAUUUAGCUACCAAGAGUUAUGACCUAUUAUGUUCAGACUAGUGACUGAAAAAAAAAAACAAUCAUUAAUUCAAGCCAUGGAGGUUCCUGGUAGUUAGAAACAACCUUUUGUUCAUUCUUGAUCAGUUAAUGGUAGAAAAAUAGGUGCUGUAGUGCUAAUUUAGUAGAAACAUCCUUAUAAAUCUAUAAUGAGUUGAAUUGUCUUUGAGCACAAUGAAGUGUGUAUUUUUCCCCUCUUUGAGAGCCUGGGGCUUCUUUCCUCCUGGUUAUUCACUGUGACAACUAACAUCCCAUAGCCAGUUGUGGUCAUUGUACACUAAAUUGGGUAGAUGGGAGAAGUAACAUUUUGGUAGGAGAAAGAAAGGCAUUUUGCUUGUGUCAUUAGGUGAAUGAUUCUUUAGUGAAAAGUAGGAGCCAAAAAAUUUUUAUCAAAAUUAUAAAUUCUUUAUUUUUACAUUAGAUGUUAAUAAACAUCCCUUAAUAAAAAUGGGGAUAAAGAGCUUCUGCUGACUAAGUCAUCCCAUGAUGGUGAUCAAGUUUUCCCAAUUAUUUCUUAAAUACAACAAUACAAAAUAAUAAUAUAGCUAAAUGAAUUAUAAUUAUAUAAUUAUAAUUCAACUAUUAUGUUUCAAUGAUGAUUCACAUUUUCAAAAUUUUCUUUCCCAAAUGGAAAGCCCAGAAAAAGUAACAGACACAUUCAUUAAGCAAAAAAGAUAAUCCUUCAUUUUUGACCAGCAAAAAUAAAAAUGUAAGUUGUUGUUCACACUGGAUAAGAUCAUACUUAAAGUAACAAUGUACCUAGUCGGCAUUAUAUGGG